CCCCACUGCAGGACUCCGCCAUGAGUCUCCUCCGGUCCUCGCUACGGAGGAUAGGAUCCCCCGGCGAUCCCAGCCGGAUAUGCUCCCAAUGUCUUCUACAUCGAGCUCGUCCCCCGCGAUCCUCCCCCGCCGCUCUCCGCACCUUCAUCUUAUCCCCCCGGUCUCGCUCGGGCAUUGCAGACGGCCCCUCCACCCAGUCAGCCCUGAACAAGACUUACUUCUCGGCCAAUCGCGCAGAUGAUAGCUCUACGAGCAAGGCCGGUCUGGCUUCCUCGCUCUCCGGCAGCAAUGUCUCUUCCGGCACGGAGUCCUCGAAUCUGCCAUCAUCAGACCACCAGGUCAACACCUCCGCGACUGUCUCCGAAUCCACACAAUCCGAGCUUCCUCAUCGCCGGAGGAAACGUCUGAAGGAAGAAGCAAACGCUCAAACACCCAACCCUGAUCAUGUUAUCCCCCCCGAUGCCUCCGCACAGCUGUCGGCUUUCUCGUCCACGCUGCCCACCUCCUCCCUCCGUCGCAAAAUGGCGGCCUUCCUCGCCCUCUGCAAGCCUCGUCUCUCCGUCCUUAUUGUGCUGAGUACGACCUCCGCCUACGGCAUGUACCCAAUCUCGUCUCUCCUCACACUCGAUCCGUCUAUGACUCCGCUACCGACUCUCUCUACCUCAACCCUAACCUUCCUCUACCUGACGGCCGGCACCUUCAUCUCCUGCUGCAGCGCCAACACGAUCAACAUGUUCCUGGAGCCGAAAUACGACGCCCUCAUGUCCCGCACACGCAAUCGCCCGCUCGUCCGAGGCCUGAUCUCCCGCCGCGCCGCCGUCAUCUUCGCCAUCGCGACCGCUAUCACCGGUGUGGGUAUGCUCUACUUCGGCACCAACCCCACCGUCGCAGCUCUUUCCGCUAGCAACAUCGUUCUGUAUGGCUUCGUCUACACACCGCUUAAGCGUCUGCAUGUCAUCAACACCUGGGUUGGCGCAAUCGUAGGCGGCAUCCCGCCGUUGAUGGGCUGGGUGGCUGCUGCAGGACAAACCGCCACCACCGGCCACGACACCUGGCGCGAUAUGCUCUUCAGCAAGGACAGCAUCGGUGGUUGGCUGAUAGCCGGUAUUCUCUUUGCCUGGCAAUUCCCCCACUUUAACGCCUUGUCCCAUACCAUCCGCGAAGAGUACAAGCGCGCCGGCUACAAAAUGCUGUGCUGGAAGAAUCCUGCGAUGAACGCCCGUGUUGCCCUGCGCUACUCGGUUCUGAUGUUCCCCAUCUCCAUCGGCCUCUGGUGGGUCGGUGUCGUCGGCCACGGCUUCCUGGUCAGCAGCUCUGUCGCCAACGCCUGGUUAGUGAAGGAAGCCUACCACUUCUGGCAGCACCAGGGCGCGAACGGUACCGCCCGUGGUCUCUUCUGGGCGAGUAUCUGGCAGCUCCCUGUUCUGCUGAUCGGUGGUCUCGUCACGAAGAAGGGUCUUUGGGACGGCGUCUGGCGUAAGGUCUUGGGUCAACCAGACCCGGACGAUGAAUAUAUCUAUAUUGACGAAGAAGAAGAGGAACCGGUCUCAUCACAAUCCAAUGCAGUGGUGACUCGUGCGGCAUGAUCGCACAGUACAAAGAAAAAGGAACAGAAACAGAAAACACAUGGGGUCGUACCCUCCCCUCAUCAUUUAUCUUAUAUGGAUGUAUUAGAUUCCCGUUUUGGUCGGCGUUUGUACAACAGCAGCUAUGAUCUAUUUCCCUCUAUCUUUUCCUUAAUCUGUAACAUGGUGAUGUAGAUAUGUGUUUUGUCUUGUCUUGAACAAGUCGCCAUUCUUUAGUUCGUCACGCAUCUACAAUAUCUAUCUUGACCUUUUC